AUGCGAACAGUAUAUUUUUCCUCUUUGGAAUAUUCCGCUGAUGGUGAAUGCAUAUUGGCUGGUGGCAAAUCCCAUGUAAUUUGUAUAUAUCACGUUAAGGAAGCCAUGCUCUUGAAAAAAUUUCAAAUAACACAAAAUCUUAGUUUCGAUGGUUUGAAUGAAUUUAUAAAUCGUCGAAAUUUAACUGAGUUUGGUAAUAUGGCUCUGGUGGAGCAAAGAGAAGAGCUAGAGGGUGGUAAGGUGGCCAUACGUUUGCCGGGUGUACAAAAAGGCGAUAUGGCAGCGCGUAAUUUUAAACCAGAAGUUAAAGUAUUUUCAGUGAAAUUUUCACCCACAGGCCAAGCAUUUGCUGCAGCCUGUACAGAGGGUUUGUGUAUAUACACUUUAGAUAAGGGAGUUGUUUUUGAUCCCUUCGAUUUAUCUUUGGAGGUUACGCCCAAAGCUAUAAAAGAGUCUUUAAAGGCUAAAAACUAUUCCAAAGCUUUGAUAAUGGCUUUGAAAUUAAAUGAAAAUAAUUUAAUAACUUUGGCAAUAGAAUCAAUACCCUAUCAGGACAUUAAACUUAUCUGUUCCACCCUGCCCAAUCAAUAUGCUCAUCGUUUAUUGCAAAUAUUGGCAAAACUUUUGCAAACCUCUCCGCAUGUAGAAUUCUAUUUGCAAUGGUGUUGCUGUCUACUGUUCAGUCAUGGCAAUAAAGAUGGUGUUUUCCAACACACUUCCCUGUUAGCUUUACAUGAAUCUAUUUCUAGGAAAUAUGAAAGUCUUAAUAGAAUCUGUGAUUUUAAUAAAUUCACCAUACGUUCUCUAUUGAAUACGGCGCAUACUAGAAAUACGCAAAAUAAAGAUAAACUUGAUCAGUUAAAAUCUGCUAAAGAUCAAAAUGAUAACGACGAUGUUGAUGAACAAGAGGAGGAUGAUGAUGAGGAUAUGUUGCUAAUAAAGACUUCGACAAAAGAAACAGAUGAGUUUGCUGAAGAAAGCGAAGAAGAGGAAAGUAGUGAGGAUGAAGCUGAGAGUGACUAAAUAUUUUGUUUAAUUUUAAGUUUAAAUUUUCUACCGGCCUAUAAUAAAGUUGAAGAAAAUACAAAUUUUAAAA